AUGAAUUCAAACCGUCGUCCACUACGACCACUACUACUACUGAAAAGAUCAAGGUCUUCUACAACGGCAUGGUCCGUGAUGAUUGUCACCCUUCUUCUUGUAUUAUUGAUCAUGGCAUGUCAUGGUGAGUCACCAACAUCUAAAUUUUCCAAACGUACAAGUUCGACCGUUGACAAUGGUAUCAAUUUAAGAGGUGCAGCCACUAGUAGUAGUAGUAGUAUUAAUAGUGAGAAGAAGAAGAACACAUCCAUUCGGAACUACUCUCAGAAUACUAUUACCAAUAAUAAUAACAACAACAACAAAUGGUCUGAAUUUGAUCCAAAAUAUACUCCCAAACACAUUCAUCUUUCAUUGACUGGAUCCGAUGAUGAAAUGUCUCUCAUCUUCUUUACAAGUGCCAAGUCCAAAAACUAUCAAGUCAUUUAUUCAACAUUUAAAUCAGAGAUACAAAAUUUUAAAGUGUGGAGCAAGAAGAACAAGUCCAUCAAGACACUCUCCACUCAUCACAAUUACUUUUCCUAUCAAGUGAAUGGAAUGUAUUCGGAAUUAACGGUUCAUGAAUUUAUUUUAAAAGAUCUUUCAAGUGGUUUCAAUGAUGAUUUAGAACCACAAAAGAAGCAACAACAACAACCACUGAAGAAAACAAGUCGUAUUUAUUAUCGAAUUCUUUUCAAUCAUGAUCCAUCGAGUGCACACUCAACCAAUAUUGAAUCUUUUGAUAUUUUAAAUCGAAAACAAGCUCAAGAACUUUCCAUUCAAAGUGCUAUCGAUGCGACAAUGACGAAGAGUAGUGAGAGCACAAUAACAACAAGUGCUACUACAAGUUCUACAAGUACUACUACUACUACUGCAAGUUCUGCAAGUGCUACUACUACAAGUUCUACAACAACUCCAACAACUCCAAGUAGUACUACUAUUCCUCCAUCCAUUGAACCUUCAUUCCAAUUUCUAGUCUAUGGUGACAUGGAUAUCUAUGGAGAUGGUCAAAAAACUAUUCAAUCUAUUUUACAACAUCAUAUGGAUUCUACUCAAUUUAUUAUUCAUGUAGGUGAUAUUCCCUACGUAUGGAACUCGGAACAUGAAUACAAAUGGGAUACAUGGUUUGAUAUGAUUGAACCCAUUACCAAGAAAAUACCCUAUGUCGUUUGUAAUGGAAAUCAUGAAAAUGCAUCGAAUUUCACUUCAUACAAAUCAAGAUUUACCAAUUCUACUCGUUCACUAUUCAAUCAUCAUGGACAGUCUCCAUCCAAUUCUAAUAAUUUAUAUUAUUCUUUCGAUUAUGGACCUAUUCAUUUCAUUGCCAUCAGUAGUGAACAUGAUUUUAAAUUACAAACUCAAUGGAUGGAAAAGGAUUUAUCUCAAGUGGAUCGAAACAAAACACCAUUUAUUAUCUUUUAUACUCAUAGACCCAUGUAUAGUAGUAAUGAAAAUCAUGGAAGUUAUGAACCAUUGAGAACAAGUGUCGAACAUUUAUUGAGAACACAUAAAAUAGAUUUGGCAUUGUAUGGACAUGUUCAUGCAUAUGAAAGGACAUGUCUCAUGCGUGAAAAUUUUCAAUGUGUCAACGACAUGAAACAAGACACAUCACAGCAACUUCAUCACAAAUACUACUUUGAUAAGAAUCAAAUGUCUGAAGGUACCAUUCAUAUUCAUGUUGGUACAGCUGGUUUUGAAUUAAAUCCAAAAUGGGAUUCGCCACAACCACAAUGGAGUGAAUAUAGAGAAACCAAUCAUGGAUAUUUGAGAAUUAAGGUUUAUGGAGAUUCAUUGAUGCAAGUUGAAUUUUUGAGAGAUGGAGUUGAAAGUGUCGACGCUUUUUUGAUUGAUAAAACCAAUAACCCACAAUAA